AUGCAAGAUCAAGCUGGUCCGGAGUGCGGAGGAUCCUUUCGUGAAGUGCAGGAUCCGGAAUUUUCACGCACAAGGCCUGCACAACUCAAAUCGCUGGGCAGCCGUCGCCGACAUGCCUGCGAUCGUUGUCGUAGGCAGAAACUGAAGUGUGAUGUUGAAAAACCAUGCUCUCUAUGCCUACGUUCUGGCUUUGCCUGUGAGACAACAUCGGCUCCGUUGAGAAAUUACUUAUUCACUACUUAUAGAAAGUCUAAACGAUCUACAAAAGCUAUGGAGGAGCGGCGCAAAAUUGUACAACACGUGCAGUCUGAUAUGCCUGAAACCUCAAGGGCAAGCCCUCGAGGUCUCGAUACUCCCCGAGGGUCGUUGAACGUAGCUCGGUCUUGCUCGAAUAUCCCCUCGGACACUGACAUCCAGCCUGACAUCCCCCAGCAGCCACCUAGACAUGCCCAAGCAUCUGCGGUGGAAUUGACUGAUGAGCUUUUUCAUCUACAUGGUCAAGGAUCGAUCAACUCACCUACAACUUACAACAAUACUUCCGCCCUUCCUGGUGGGACCUCCGUCGAUAGUCCUUAUCUGGCAACCGGGCAGAUGAUGGGAAAAACUAGCCUUUCUUCCCACUUUCCCGGUCUUUGUCUUCCAUCCCGCCCAGUCUGUGACUUCCUGCUCCAAUCUUACUGGAGAUCUGUGCAUUGGUUCAUGAUGCUUUUUUAUAAGCCUUCCUUCGAACGCGAGUACAGGCAGAUCGUUGACAAUCAAUACGUGACUGCUCGACAGAAGGGUACAGCGGUGUUAAUUCUGAUGGUCCUUGCCAUAGGGGCAAGGUAUGCCUCGGACGACCAACGCUCGAAAGUUGGCAUUUCCAAGGAAGAGCUAUCCUCUCUCCAGAGAGAUAUGCUCAACCAGAUUCGAUUGCACUAUUUCGAAGUUUUGGACAGCGGGGGCGUGGAAUGUGUUCAAUUAUGCAUUUUGCUAAGCACUUAUUACCUUUAUAAUGGCAAGCCGAAUCUAGCAUUGCCUAUUCUUGGUGCGGGGGUCCACAGUGCGCAGGCACAGGGUCUGCAUAAGGAGAGUCUUUGGGGCCCCGCAACUGAGAUAGUUCUCGAAGUCCGCAAGCGAACUUGGUGGGCUCUAUAUGUCCUCGACAGGUUCGCUUCAAUCACCUAUGGUCGGCCGUCAUCGAUCAAUGACGUUUAUUGCGCUGUGAGCAUGCCACGAGACAUGGAUGACAUCUUGGCUGCGCAUCCAUUGCUGAAUAUGAUUGAGAGCCCCGCGAGCAAUUCCUCAGCCAGAGUCACGCUGGGUUCAUACCAACGGCACAAAUUCGAUCUGUACUCUAUUGCAACCGCCGUCAUUGGCAAUAUUCACAAUGUGAAUGUCUCUGGUUCGGAAGCUGCAAUGAAUCAAGCCGCCGAAAUCAAUACUAAGCUGGUGGACUGGUUUGACCGACUCCCUGAGGAGUUAAGGCUGGAGCACAAUGCCGAUUUGGCCAUGGGAAGUUUGACAAGCGCCGAGGUCGAGAUCUGCCAGCUAUUUCAACUGCAGGCACUGGCCCUUCAGCUGGCCUAUGAUAAUAUCCAAAUAAUCUUACACCGCCCGUUUAUUCGAUGUACUCGACGCUUACCCGUGUCGUCUGGCUUGCGCGACUCGGAUGCGCGCCCAACAAGUUUUGAACAGUGCAGGCACUGCGCUCGCCGCACCUGCAGCAUACUACCAAGAUAUGCUAAAGUUGUCUAUGCAGCACAAAACACUCAUGCGGUGGCAUAUAUUGCCAUGCAAAAUUUUACUGCAGGUGUCACCUUGGCAAUGGUUGCGCUGUCUGACCCCGGCUCAGAACAGGCUAUCGAUGCCAAAAGAGGUGUCGCGAAUUCAAUAUCGUUGCAACAAACGAUCGCUGCCUCAUCCAUAGUUCCAUCGCAGACGGUCAGUGUCCUCAAAGGGCUCUUCCAGCUAAUGUUCAGGCAUGAAAUGGAGUCAUUGCUAGUGAAUUCGCCACGAUUUUUGAACAGUCCUAGUCCGACGGACGGGCCACCAAACCAUGCACGUGAGGCCGACGAUCUUCAGGCGUCUGACAGAAUGCAUUUUUCUACGAAUCAUCGAUUUGAUCGAACACUAUCGGGUGGAAGCCAGGAGGACUCAGAGCUGCCAUCAAGCAUCAUUGGAACAGACGAUAGAUCUCAGCUUUCCCUCAGCGGCCAGGCAGCGAUGAAUCUCGACCUUAGCCAGGAUAUUCCCAUUUCGUCCUUUCAUUCGGGCAUUGAUCAAGCACUAGAGUCGGUGCAUCAAGUACUAUGGGAGAAUUACCAUCCCAUCGUACAUCCAGGAGCUUACGUCCCGGAAACCUCCGGCCCGCAGGCUGAUAUUUGCGGUCGAGCGAGGCCAAGCGUGGCUGCUGUCGCAGAAGAGAACAAUCGCCUUUCCCUGACAAAUCCGCUGACUUCCCUGGCUGAUCCUGCCAGCCAGGGUUUGAACACCGUGAAUGACUCCUUCCUAGGUCAGAGCUGGGUAUGGAACCAGCCGGACUGA